UGCUUGAAAUUGCGACUGUUGGACACAUGGAGUGCUUGCACUCACAAGAAGAUAGGUCGCAUCAGCAAUCAUUGCCUUUUGGAAUCUAUCUACUCUAAAGACUCGAAUAUUCACAGAGAGCACAUCUUUUGUUAAGAGGCAGAAAUGGACGAAGAGUUGGUCAGAGAGUUAGAGAGAGAUAAGUUGUUGGAUAAUAGGUCGUCAUACCUAUCUUUGAUCAAGGAAGGGUCUCCUAUGAAGUGUUGGGCUACGGUGAAGAUAAGGAUAUUGACAACAUCAUAGCCGGGAAUGGACGCGAUUGGAGGCGGCCAUUGCUGGUUCUCGAACUGGAAUCCGUUACCACAACCUCGACGCCGUCGUAUUCGCUCUCAUUCCGAUUCAUCUGCUUCUGCCGCCGGAGGAGGUUUACGCUUCCCGGUGCAGCAGGCGGCGACCGCCGCCUCACUCGCCCUCACCGGCGACACCAUUGCUCAGGUCACUCAAAGGUGGAGAAAAACCAAGAAGGAGGCUAGUAGUGGCACUGUAUCUCAGGAUGAAUUGUGGAGCAACCUUUCAGACCAUGAUUGGCUACGUGCUCUGCGAAUGACUUCCUAUGGAUUCCUUUUCUAUGGCCCUGGUUCUUAUGCUUGGUACCAGUGUCUUGACCAUUUUCUCGGCAAACCAACAGUCCAGAAUCUGAUGCUGAAGGUUUUACUGAAUCAGGUUGUGUUAGGUCCAUCUGUCAUUGCCGUUAUUUUUGCGUGGAAUAAUUUAUGGCAGCAGAAGCUCUCAGAGCUUCCAGAAAAAUACAGAAGAGAUGCUUUACCAACAUUACUUUAUGGAUUUAGAUUUUGGAUCCCUGUCAGUAUUCUGAACUUCUGGGUGGUGCCUCUUCAAGCUCGAGUGGCUUUCAUGUCAAUGGGCUCAAUAUUUUGGAAUUUCUACCUGUCAUCAACUAUGAGCAAGUAAAAUGCAUGCAGAGUUUACCAGCAAUUUGUUCUUUUUUAUACUUUUGCUAUGAGUUGACAUUUGGGUACCCUGCAAAAGGUUUUACCCUAUGAAUAGCUGAUGAUAUCAGAGAACAACUACAUUUUUCCUUCGCUGCUGACAAUUGUGAAAUUGAUCUCUUUCAUAUGAGAAUUGAUUGUGUAGCUGUUAGCUUUCCCAAAAAGAAAUUAUUUGGGACAAUUUGUUUAUGUUCUUAUGGAUAAUGUUGAAUUUGAUUAAAAAAUUACCAUAAUAGUGUGUGUAGUGCGUACUGAGGCAGGUUUUUUGAGAAUGUUCUUCGGGGUAUUACAAUGCUUCUUAAAAAGACCAUACAUGUAAAAUUUAAAUUUAGUUUAGAUAUUGAAUAUUGAUGAACCUCUUGCUUGAUCA